GCUGAAAAAAACGGUUUGUUUUCAACGAGAGGAAGAAGCAUUGCUGUAUUACGCCGCCACCGCACCGAUUUUUAAGAACGGUUGCAAGAUUAAUUUUAUACCUGGUUGGUAUUCGGCCAGCAGCUUUCUCAGCUCGCCAUGGCUCUGUGCGGGGGUGUCGGAGCCAUGGCUUUGCCUAGCGAGCUUAUUGUCCACAUAUUUUCCUUUCUGUCCGACCGAGACAAGCUCCGGGCCUCGGCCGUGUGUUCACGAUGGAGGGAGUGUCUUUUCUACCCAGCGCUGUGGACCGAGCUCAAAUUGCGGAUAGGUGGUGGUUGUAACGGCGGCAGCUCCAACUCCGAGGAGACCCCGAGGCUGGAGUUCCUCAUGCGUAAAUUCGGUUCCUUCGUGCGGGAGCUUCAACUGGAACUCGCACCGGUGGAAGGCUGCCUUAGUCCUCUAAACAACGACCCGUCAUCCACCAGGAUGGACCAGCCCGAUAGCGACCCGCAGCUCUCCCAGCGAUGGAGAGACGCCAUGGCCACCUACUUGGACCAGGUGUUGUGUGUGUUCUCCAGCAUCCGCAACAACAGAAACCUGCGGAAGCUGAGUCUGUAUGGAGACACCGGUGUUCUCCAGCAGGAGGGACUAUUGGACAGCUCCCACCUGCACCAAAUUCACCAGGGGGAUAAAAAGAUCAAUGAAAUCCAGCAGUUGUUCAUGGAGUUGUUGUCUAACAGCAGGCAGCUGCAGUGGUUGUCUUGUAGUUUCAUGCUGGGUCUGGUGACUCCUUGCUCCUUGGCCUGCCUGUCAAAUCCUUCAGCCGAGACCCUGCAGCACCUCAGUUUACUGGACCACCAGCUGGGCCCCCUCAUCUCGCCAUCAGAGUUGGAUCGUUUAUCUAAUCUUCAUUCUCUGGCUCUGGAUUUCUCUGAUUUGACAUCUGAGCUUUGUGGUUUGCUGGCUUCUCCACGUCGAACUCCACUGCAUCGCAUCUCCCUGCUGCUCAAUGGCGCCGCCCUGGAGUUUAAACCAUUAGAAGGGACCGCUACAGACGACGAUUGGAAGGCACUGAUUCGUGUUAGUGCCAACCUGCGAGUGUACAUCAUGGCCCUGGAGGUCAACAGCUCAGAGCUCCUUGGGGUCCUUAAGCCUAGCCUUCCUCUCGAGCGGCUCCACCUCGACAGUUACAGCACACUUGUAACUGAGGCCACAUUGGAGCUCAUUUCCCAGCAGUACAACAGGACGCUGACUCACUUCCUGCUCCUGAGGGAUGACCCUGACUUCCCUGACCUCAGCAUCAAUCGGAACGAAGACCCAUUGGUCCUCUUGGCGUGGAGAUGUACUCAGCUGGCUGUACUGGUGAUACAUGGUUACACAGUUUGGGCCCAUAAUUUGGUGGCUAUCUCUCGGCUGCGUGGCUCCAACCUUCGCGUCCUGACAGUCUCUGAGGAGAGCAUCGACUUUGAUCCGGACCAGGCAGUGUGCAUGGAUGGUGACCCGGUCCAUAACCUGGUCAAGGAGGUUUCUCUGGGCCUCGCCCGUGUCUGGCACCCUUGCCUGGAUUCCAGCCUGGUUUUGUCCGAACCCACCCAUCACUUCCACCAUGAGCUGCACGCCUUCAGCAUGGGCAUGUAGGCAGGGAUGGCAAGUCCAACACAUCACAGCCUAAACUGUGUCAAGACCAGUCCAGACCAACAAAGUCCAAGUCAACUCAUACAUCUAAACCAGGCCAAAGCAGAUCUGAGUGAGAAAUCUAAACUGGAUCUUAAAACAAUCUAUGAAUAUCAUUUUUGUGAGCUGAUUGUUUUUAUUAUUUUUUUCUUUCACCGGAGUUUUAGCACACAAUCACGUCUUACCAUUUUCCAAAUUAUUUGCUGUUUUGCCUCCUGAUUAUCUAGUUAACCAGUGUCUUGGAAAAACGGAUAAAAUCUUUGAUGUUUUAAAUAGAUUUUCCAUUUAAGAAUAUCCCUUUAAAACUUGGAUAUUCUACUAUUAACUUGAUAUUCAUUUAGUUAGAAGUCAUACUGCUCCAACCACAGACAAGACAUGAGUCAUGACUAUUUUUUUAUUUGUCUGCCAAAAUGGGUCACUCAUACUCUGCUGCUUCGAAUACCCUCUUUUCUGGCAUGGCCCAGUCUGGUCUGGUCUUGAUCAAAAAGUCUUCAGAGCUUGAUGUCUCCCUUUCACCGUAAUAACCUCCAGAGCCUCUGUAUGAUGUAACUUUGAUUUCUUGGACUGUUCAUCUCUCCCUGCUCUGUGUAUAAUCUUGUUUUCCUGUGUGGUGGUCCCCUUGCCUGUAAAGGCUUUGUGUGUAUUUAAAUACAGAUAUAUUAUUAUUAUUAUUAUUAUUAUCCUGUUAACAGUGAGAACAGGACAGGCAGGCAGCGUUGAGUAAUGGGCCGGUGGGAUUAAGGGGGGAAAUGCUUUACUUGUGAACAUGUUUUUUUUGUUUUGUUUUUUUUAAACCUCCUGCUCUCACACGUCUGUGAUUUAGCUCAACUCUAGCAAAGGUUGGAGUUUGUAAACUAACCUAUCAAUCGCUUCCUGGGUAACACAACCGUAGCUCCUGCUUCUGAUGCUCUGAAAGAGCAUCUUGUCCACUUGUCCACUAGAUAGAGAGCCUUGGCAGCAGAGUGGGAAUCUCCAAUGUAAUGUGGCUGACUGUGGCAGGUGCUAAUAAGUUGUAAUGCUGUGUAGAGCAACAACCAUGUCAGUGCUAUGGCUCGGAUCAAUGGUUAUAUUAAGGCUUUUGAGCACCUUACUGAUGGUGUAACGGAGAAUAUUGUUUCCCACCCAGCUCACUUGUCAACUUUUCGGGAAGCCUUGCUAGCCUCGUUUUACGACGACCAAUCUAUAAAAUGCAGCCUGUCACAAUACAGCACCCCCUCCCUCGCUCCAUUCUAUUUUUAUCUGUAAUGAGGUGGUAGUAAAUGUUAGCAUAUUUUUCUAUAUUCAGGAAAUAGGAUAUAGCUGCUUUUGCUCUCAAUUAGAGGUCAAGACUUUCUGACAGGUAUCACUGGUUCCAGAGCCCUUUGGUAUUUAAAUGUAUUUGAGUCAAAGAAAAGAAGUAUUCAAGUCAAAGAAAGGAAUGGAGUAUGCGUCAUAAUUUGAAGGGCUCUGAGAUUACAAAACCUACAAAUAGUUCUGCAUUAUUCUGAAGAUGAUUUGGGUUGUCAUUCCAUAAUGAGAUUUUAUAUAUAUAUAUAUAUAUAUAUAUAUAUAUAUAUGUGAUUAAUCUUUGUGACUACCUCCAAAUUCUUGGUGUGGCCAUGCAAACAAAACCAGUAUUCUGUAGGCUCAUCUAUUCAGAGGUUUCAAAUAACAAACCCAUGUUUUGCUGCCAUGACAGCAAUGAAGAUUGUUGGUAGGAAGUAGUUUUCUCUCAAUAGCGGAUUUCAUGUUUUCAAGUGAAACAUUUCUCUAUAAAGAACAGGGAAAAGAAAAUGCACUGAAUGUAACUAAACUCCCAUUCGGUUGGCCACUUGGGAUUAUUGUUUUAUAUUGAAUGGCCUACUGUAUAGCUAUAUUUGCCUCAGAUAUUUGGCAUAUGCAUAUCUUGCCACAACAGUCACGGCUACUGAAUAAAUGCAUUUGGACAUGGGUUCCACUGAGAGCCAAGACUGGGUACAUUUUUGGAGAAGUGGCACCUACAACACAACAAAACCUUGGGCGUAUUUCUGUGAGUCUCAGGUAGGCUUUUAACAUCACUAUGACCAGGACAGCGGUGGUGAUAAUGUCGAGUACAGCAUGUAAAACAAUCAAUUGGUGUGAGAUAUUGUCGUCAAUUUUUGUUUGUUUUGUUUUUCCUCUUGAGGCACAGUUGCCUUGGAAACGGCCCCUUGUUUUCUGGAUACAGUUGUUGUUGUUAUUAAUAAUGUUUAUCUUGCCAUCUGAUAAACCCUCGCUCCACCUUGGUUGGGGGAUCAGUAAACCUAAUCAUACAUUUGUUUUUAAAGAUUAAGGUUGAUAGACUAAAGAAUGGCAAAACAAGUCUGCUCAUUGCACAUGUUUUCCAUCUCCAGUAGAUGUUGUUGGAGGACAGAGAGCGGCUGUGGAGUGAAGGAAAAUCCAUGCUGUCAAUGGACCUGUUGGGCCAAAACUUAUAAAUUAAAUAAUGUGAUUCAGGCUCUGUGGAAGUACAAGCAUGUCAAGGCUCAGGACACGUACCCAGCAUUGUUGACCAAAUAUAUUGUGCUCCACACAAAGCUAAUUGUGAGUAUGACCAGUGGAUAACUGGGCCAAGAAUGCUUACAUCUGAAGCUCCAGUGUUGUUGUGACUACCAAACGGUUAUUACUGACAGCUGUGGUAGACUGGUGUCUUAUUAAAGCAUUUCUUGAGCCGAGUUAAGUGUUGGGUUGGGCUUUAGAGCACCUGUAACAUGCAUAAGUAAAUGCUGCUAGCAAGACAUUGUUAGGAAAGUUACCCUUCCAAAUGGCUUCAGCUCGCUUGUUUUGCACACCAUGACGCUUUAGAGGUCGGUGCAAUAGCACUGCAGACUGUGAAGGUCCAUAUCAAGGUCUGUAGUUUACAAGAUUGACCUGCAAUUUUCCCAUGAACUUAUAUGGAUCCUGAGUUAUUCAGUGUGCCAGCACUUUGCUAGGUUCAGAGAGAAUUUGUGCCAGUGGUUCCUAAAUGUUUGCUCAUCGGUUAAGGUACCUUGAUGGUUAGGCCAUGGUAAUAUCUCUAGUCCUUGGUCCAUAUCUCAGGCUGUCUGUGGCUUUAUAGAGAGCUGCACACUCAAAACACUCCAGAGGGGAUAGCCAUACCAACAUAACACAUUCAGACCAAAAUAUGUUGGUUUUUAUCUUAUUUUCUUCCUCCCCUCCUCCUAAUUCUUCCUGUCAUCUCAUUUUUUUUUUAGAGCUCAACUUUGCUCUUUUAUGUGAGAGAUUUCAGCUGUUUAUAUUGUGUAUAGGCAUCACCUGAUAAGGAGGGGGAAAUCACGGCAAUCUUCUUGUAAUUGUAAUUUCAAACUAGAGGAUCACCUGAGUGGAGCUAAUAGAUUUUUACUAACAACUUAUUUUAAAAAGCUGAUUUUACAAACUCCACCCUCAUCCACCACAGGUGUUUCCUCCUCUGGUUCCUGUCUUCUCAGGUCCCCACACGCUAUGGGCCCCACAGUAGAUUUCUACUGUAGUCUUGACCGGACAAAUUAUUUUUGCCCGGGAUAAAAGGGGAUUGGCUGUGGGUUUUUUCUCAAGACCAUGGUCAGCUUGAGCGGGAUACAAAUUUCAUCUAACUAAAAUAUUCCCAUUUGGAUAAUUUAUAAAAAAGUCCUCUUCUAAUCAUAAAUUUCACUCCCAUGCCUCUUUGAAAAAAUCUUCCUGAAUGGAGGCUCCGUUAUCAAAAGUUCAUGUUUUGACAAUUUGCGAUUAUAGACAUAUUUCACAAUCUCAAAAGUGCAGAGAAAGAUGAGGGAUUAUAAAGACAAUAUGCGUGAGAGCAGAAAGGCACUUCAAAACAAUGACUUUUGGGGGGGGGGGGGGGGGGGGGGGAUUCUGUUAAGUUUUGUUUCUUCACUAAUAGACACUAAAUUGUUAGUGAAGACGGCGUGGAUCGAGCUCUGUUUUGUCCUUGUAAGGAGAGAAGAGGUGAGAGAAAGUUUUGCCAGUAAGCCAAUGCUGAUAGGCAAAUAACUUUACACUCAGUGACAAACAUGGUCACUGUACGUCAUAGCGUUUUAAAAACUACGAUGGAGCAGUGGAACCCCGACUUAUCCCUGAUCUCUUUGUAUCAUCGCUAAUAGCUAAAUAUUGAGCCAUCUUGUGCCUGAAAGCUUCUGGAGUCUUACUGCUUUUCAAACCUCUGCUCUCCCCAAGUUAUUCGCGUUGUUUGUUGUUGUUGCCGUGAUAGUUAGUUCACUCCUUAGGGAAGCCGCAUUAGAAGCUACAGGAGCUAGGGUUUCCGAAGAUGUUUCAGCACACAUGCUUUUUAUUUUCUCUUGGAGCGUGCCUGUAUGUUCUAAGCACGCUUUACAUGUAAGCUUUCAAAAGUGUACCCAAUAGUAGUGUGUAAAUAAGAUGGUUUGACUGUGUGUUUGAACAAGUCGUCACUAGUGCAGCCGUCAUGUUCUCUGCAUGCGUGUGUGUGUGUGUAUUGAGGGGGUGGGGGGGGCUUGCUCAUGUUCAGCAGUGUAGUUUUAUCACAUCUACUGCAGCAGGAAACCGCAACAGAAAAUUCUUUGUUCUCAGGGUACAAUCAGUUUUCAAAAAGCUGAGGAGGGAAAGUUACGUAGCUCAGGCCUCUAGCUCACUUAUAAGAGUAGUAGGAGUCACUGGAUCUGUUCUCCUCCCUUGUUGUGUUUUAAGCUGCCAAAGACCACAGUGGAACAAACUUAACCCAGACACAAGUCUAUCUGAAGUGCCCAUGUACACACACACUGGCAGGAGGCUGGUCCAGUAUUAUUUCCUACUCUACUAAUACCUUUCUCCUUCAACAAGUCUUCUUUUUCCAUUACUCUUAGUGGUUCCACUUCACUCGCACCCUGACUACUACCACGCUGUUGAAAUACUAUGGACCAUACUGUUCUGGACCAGGUCAAAUGUCAACAGUUUUGUCCUGUGGUUGGCGUGAAAAGAGACCAAAGCAGACCUGCACGCAAACAUUUGGCCAAUUUUGUGUUAGUGGCUGGACCCUAUGUUAAGAAAAUAUAGGAUUUCACACUAGCUGUGUAGAAAGUGUGUUAUGGAAGGUGCAGUUGGACAUUUAUAACCAGCAAAUGUUACUUAGUAAAAGUAAGAAGCGUUGUAGCACAGCUUGUACAAUGUGGCCAAAUUCCUAUCUGUGAAUGGCACUCAGGGUCUACACAAUGCAUGUUGCUGAGGCAUCAUAGAGCAAAGCAAGGCCUUUCUAGUCCAGCGCAGUAUCCUUCUGUAGUGUGACAAAGGCUGAAGCAGAGUGGUCUGGCCACCAUAUUGCUCCCCCUCUCUCUUUUUUUACCCCCAUCACCUGUUUCACUGUGAGGAGUGAGUGAAUGUAAAACUUAAGGCGAGGAAGGCGAGGAGUUUGGUUCAAUCUCAGAACACGUCAGGGACUAAACAUUCCCCCGGAUGCUUCCUGAAGCUACUUUCUGACAGAUUGUAGCCUCCCAGCUGGGACACAUGCCAGUGUGCCUGAUCUGAUAUGUUGCACGUCAAGCCUGUGGCCAAGGUCAAAUUUGAUGGGAAGUGUUUAGUCCCAGGCUUUUGGAGCUGUAAAGUUUAUUUGCUGCUAGAGAUCUGCUAGGAACAGGACAUUCCACAUGGGGGUCGCUCAGGCCAUCGGACUUGCAAACAGUUUGCUACAAGGCUAAUGUGUCCGCAAGAAAUAUAGACUUUAUUUAAAUGUCUUUCUUUUUUUUACUUUGUUGGUCUGUUUUUUUGAAGGGACACCAGAUUACCAGCUGGUCUGAGCACAGUGGAGGUGCGAUACCAUUUAGAAGUGGUUAUUUAAAGAACUGUGUUUCUAACAUGUGUUUCUGCAAUGGCAAGUUUUGCUUUCACUUGAUGCUUCAGCAUCCUGAGGGCAUUUUGCGGCCUUUUGUGUCCGGUACACAAAAGGUCACAAGUGUGAAAGCAAUUGACACUGACUGUGUGCUAAACAUAAAGACUAGUUUCUCUUUUUACAAAAUAAGUUGGUUUCACCUAUUGAAUCAAUCUGACAGAUUAAA